AUGGCAUUACCCCCAGACGCCUGCAGUCUCAUCGCCGAAUAUGUCGCUGACUCGAGAUCAACCCUCGUUAAUCUAUGUACGGUUUCUAAACAAUUUCAAGUCGCAGCAGAACGGGCGAUCUACAAUACCCUCUAUCUCAGGGGACACGACACGACGAUCUCCGUAUGCGAUGUUCUCAGCCGCACCCCGCGUGUGGCAAUGCUCGUCACCGCGCUCUCAGUCUACGACGCAGAAGACAGUGACGAUGAGUCGGACUUCCAGCCCGAGGACGGGUACUGGCAGGUCCUCCACCAGGCUCUUAAGCGCACGGCGUACCUUCGAUCCCUCGAUCUAUACUUCAAUACUGGAGAUCCGCCGGACAGGGCUUGGAUACUCGACGAAUGCAAGUUUCAAUUACGAACCUUCCACUGUGGCCUCGUCUGGGAUGACCAUCUCGCUACCUUUCUUUCCACUCAACCUUAUCUUUCCGACCUUUUCAUCGCCGACUACCCAGAGUCCGCAGCCGAGGUCAUGGCGCCCCCCAUCAUACCUUCCGAUUCGACGUUUCUGCCAAAGCUCAGUAUCCUCGAAUGCACCUUCUCUGAGGCAGCUGUCUCCUUGGUGCCCGGCCGACCAGUUUGUCGAGUCAAGACGUGCUUUACGCGGAGCAAACUCGAAGAAAAGCGAGAGGAGCUGAAUUCGAUCGUCUCGGCAUUGCGGCGCUCGAAGAAGCGGUUUCGAGCGAUAGACAUCGCUGACUCUUUGUAUACCGCAGAGUUCUCCAUGGAACUCCUGUCGACGGUGACAUCGGACGCACAAUUCUGUGUGGACCUCCGGUACGUUGGCACACUAGUCUUGCCUGUCGACGGCCGCCAGCGUUUAGAAUUCUACACAAUGCUGAUGCGUCUGCGUCGCCUACGAUGCCUGGAGUUGGAUGUCUCCGACUGGGAUCCUGCUCCAACUCACCUUGCGGCUCUGCGUGCACUCACCUACGAGCUUCGCCUCUAUUGCCCCUCGAUCGUGACGGUCGUCUACGUCCAUGACUUCGAGCGACAUCUGGUGAGGAUGGUAGAUCAUGUGGCUAUAUGCGACGAAGAUGCGGUUACGGAUAAUCUCUGGCGGGAGGUCUGAAGAGUGGCAAGUCCUAGUCG